AGGAUUUUGCAACUGUAAAACUGCUAAAAGCAGAAAAGUCGUUAGAGGUGUGGUGUGACAGUUGCUAAGAGAACAGAAUAACUGUUGAGUGGAAUGAGAAAUGGUGAUUUCAUUUUUCAUAAUCUUUAUAUAUUGGUUAGUUCUUCUGUAAAAAAAUGGUAUAUCUGUUAUUUGUUGUUAAUAUUUUUCUUCUUCUCUGGCUCAUCGUCUUCCUACUCGAGAUGAAUAACCAAGAUCAGGGACGAACUCACACACGCACUCCAGGUCUCAAGGGUGAUGAUCAUGGAGUUCAUGCAUGUCACAACGGCAGCUGUGGAGCCGUUGAAGGUUUCAACCCUUCAGAUAAGGAACACCUUUCUGAUAAUGAUCCCCACUCAAAAGUUCUUGUAACAUGUUUUAAAGCAGAUGUAAAAGUAACAGACGAUGACCAAAUGCAAGAUCCUAGUAUUUUGCAAGGAGAAAGGAUUUGGGAAGGAAACAUGCUGGAGUUGCAGGCAGAAAAGCCAGUCUCUCACGUGGAGACACUGCAUAAAUCUAUAAAUGAUGUUCAAGUAGAGUCUACACAGUUUCCUACGUCUAGUGAUGACAACACGUCACAGGAAAUAGAAGAAGGAUAUGUUCUCGUUGAAAAAACUGCUUCGCUUGAGAAUUUGCUUGGAAAUAGUGAUGUAUUACCUCUUUCAUCUGUAACUCACACUUGUAACGAUAAUGGUAUCAAUGGUGGAAGUUUGGACGGAAACCAGGGCUCUAAUUCAGGGACAAUAGAUGUUAUAGAAAUAUUUGCUGAGAUGACAGACAGCGGCGGUAUCAUACUGCACUCACCUGUACAGAGUUUUCUACCGAUGGAAAAUGCCAAUAGAAAUAAUGAGCCUGAGUUAUCUGCAAAUGAAGCUGUGAGAGUAGAAGGUCGAAAUUCUCCUGCUGAUACCGACUCACAAAAUGACACAGUGAGGAGAAGAUUCAAUUGGUUAUCAUGUCUAUGUUGUUGCUUCUGUGGAGAUCGGUAGCUGUGUUGGUCUCCAAUUUCACUCUGAAUUUUGACAUCGAAAUACUGUUUGCAAAUUUUCAAUUGUUCUUUGGUCACUCUUUUGUGGAUUUCUGUGGCUGUAUAUCUUGAGGAUCUUUGGUUAUUACUUUACAUGUCAAUCUUCUGUUUCAUUUUGAACAAAUUUAGCAACUAAGUAUACAUUUCAUGUCAUGCUACUGAUUUUGUACUAUCUUACAUUUCAAGGAAAAUGGGGUUAUACUUCAAAAACUACUUUUUCACCCACUUUGUUCAUUUUAAAAAAGCGAAAUAUAUAGAAAUUACAAUACUAAAAAA